GAAACAGGAAGUUUAUAACUGACUAGCUACACAUUUAGGUCCAGUUUAUUAGUGGUGUUAGCCAAAAGUAUUGUACAAAACGAGGAAACUAUGGUUUGCGACAAUUGUGAGAAGAAGCUGGGCAGGGUGAUAACUCCAGACACCUGGAAGGACGGAGCAAGGAACACCACAGAGAGUGGUGGGCGGAAGCUGAAUGAGAACAAGGCUCUGACAUCUAAGAAGGCUAGGUUUGAUCCUUAUGGGAAGCCAGGAAAAUCAGGCAAGUCGUGCUUUGGCAUCUGCCGAAUCUGCAAGAGCUCUGUUCACCAAUCAGGAUCUCACUACUGCCAGGGCUGUGCCUACAAGAAAGGGAUCUGUGCCAUGUGUGGGAAGAAGGUUCUGGACACCAAGAACUACAAGCAGACCUCCGUCUGAUAGGCUUCUGACAGGCCACCAAUAUAACCAGAGAAAGAAGGGGAGUGAGAAAGAAAAGGAGGGGAAGGAAGGUGGGCAUGAGAAAUGACCACUUUAUUGUGUAGCAGGCUUGCUUUGACCCCGUCUAAAACUCUCAUAGCAGAGAUACAGUCAAAGGGUUCUUACUCUUUCCAGCUCUAUCUCGUGUGUGUGUGUGUGUGUGUGUGUGUGUGUUUCCCUCCCUAUUGUACAGCUCCUAUAACCCUCAGCUUUUAGCAGCAAUAAGUGGCCAGUACUGUUCCACACACCAAAUCCGAGACUACUUUUAGUUUUAAUAGCUGGACUGAUGGUUUCUCUCCGGUUGUGUCAAACCUGCUCUGAUACAGGAGUUUCCUUUUAUCAAUUCAUUGGGAAUUAUAUCACGUGUCAUGUUUUUGAGUGCAUUAAAAUAUUAAAUAUGUAAUGGCAAUGAAA